AUGGGUAGAAGAUCAUUAAAACCAUCAUCACAACAUUAUGGAAGUAAUAGCAAUACAAGUGGUAGCAGUGGCAGUAGUGGUAAAGGAGGAAAAUCAAACGACGAACAAGAUAAUAUGAUCAUAUUACCAAGAUGUUGGGAUUACUUUAUUAGAUUCAAAGAUCCUUUUAUUAUGCCAUUUCAAUCAUAUACUAUAGAGAUUAAACAAAGUUCAAAAGGACCACGUGUAGGAUCGACUGUUUGGGAUGCAUCAAUUGUAAUGUCAAAGUAUUUUGACAGUGAAAUUGGAUCAAAAGCAUUACAAGGAAAGAGAGUCAUUGAACUUGGAGCUGGUGUAGGUCUAUUGGGUAUUAGUUUAUCUUUGAUGGGUGCUGACAUUACUCUUACCGAUCAACAAUCAAUGCAUGAAAUAUUAAAUCUAAAUGUUAGAACUAAUUGUCUAUUGACUAAAACUAAAGUUGCCGAGUUGUGGUGGGGAAAUGAUGUAACUGAUUUCCAUCCACCAUUUGAUAUGAUUGUUGGAUCAGAUUUAAUGUAUGAAGAUGAUUGUGUAGAUUUAUUAUUGGCAAGUUUAUUGGAUCUCAGUUCAUUCCAUCCUAAAAAGGUGGCAACUGAAGAAGAGGAAGGUUAUGGAUUCCAUACCAAUAUUCAUAAAAAGAAACAACCAGAUUCUAAAAUACAAGAAGAAGAACAAAAUGAUUCAUCAUCACCCUCUACAACAUCAACAACAACUAAUAAUAAUAAUAAUAAUAAUAAUAAUGAUAUAAACUCAAUAACUGAAUCCAUUUCAAAUGUAACAAUUCAAGAACAAAAAGAAGAAGAACAAAAAGAAGAAGAGAAUGAUAAACCAAAAGAAAAAGAAGAAGAAGCAGUAGCUGAAGAACCAUUAUAUAUGAAAUCAUCAAGAUUACAAGCAGCAGAUACAGUCAUUUACCUUGGAUAUGAAAACCGUAGUAUGAGUGCAGAAUCUUUAUUUAUGAGUAAAGUUACUCAAUUUUUUAAUGUUGAAAUGAUUACAACAAGUCAUCUUAGUCCAGGAUUUAAAAACAUUGAUGUUAGAAUAUUAAAAAUGACAAGAAAGGACUAUAAUCCCGUUGGUCAUAGAGAAAAAAGGAAGCAAAAAAUGCAUUCGAAACAAUUCUUUAAUGGUUCAAACCAACCCGAAUAA